AUGACCACUGAAUUAAUUACCGGUAAGAAGGGUAUUGAUUUAUCUGAAGGUAAUGAGUUAUUAAGAUCUUCUAAGAAAGGUAAGUUACCAAUCAUUGAUGCAAAUGGUAACUUAGUUUCUUUGAUCUCUUUAACUGACUUGCAAAAGAAUCAAAGUUAUCCUUUAGCUUCUAAGUCUUUCGAUUCGAAGCAAUUGUUAUGUGGUGCUGCUAUUGGUACUGUUCCAAAUGACAGAGAAAGAUUAGAGAAAUUAGUUGCAGCUGGUUUAGACGUCGUAGUUGUUGACUCGUCAAAUGGUUCUUCUGUUUUCCAAUUAGAUAUGAUCAAAUGGAUCAAAUCUAAAUUCCCAGAAUUACAAGUUAUUGCAGGUAAUGUUGUAACUAGAGAACAAGCGGCUUUAUUAAUCGAAGCUGGUGCUGACGGUUUAAGAAUCGGUAUGGGUUCCGGUUCUAUCUGUAUUACCCAAGAAGUCAUGGCUUGUGGUAGACCACAAGGAACUGCUGUUUACAAUGUCACUGAAUUCGCUAACCAAUUUGGUGUCCCAUGUAUCGCUGACGGUGGUAUUGGUAAUAUUGGUCACAUCACUAAGGCUUUAGCUUUAGGUGCAUCCUGUGUUAUGAUGGGUGGUUUAUUAGCUGGUACUUCUGAAACACCAGGUAGCUAUUUUUACACUGAUGGUAAGAGAUUAAAGUCUUACCGUGGUAUGGGUUCUGUUGAUGCUAUGCAACAAACCUCUACUACCGCCAAUGCUUCUACUUCCCGUUAUUUCUCUGAGUCUGAUAAGGUAUUUGUCGCUCAAGGUGUUUCUGGUGCCGUUGUUGACAAGGGUUCAAUUACCAAAUUUGUUCCAUACUUAUAUAAUGGCUUGCAACAUUCUUUGCAAGAUAUUGGUACCCCAUCUUUAGACGAAUUAAGAGCUAGAGUUGAUAACGGUGAAGUUAGAUUUGAAUUCAGAACUGCUUCCGCUCAAUUCGAAGGUGGCGUCCAUGGCUUACACUCUUACGAAAAGAGAUUACAUAACUAA